AUGGAUCUUACUUUACAUUCCAUUGCCUCUCGAUUGUUCCUUGCUUAUCAAGCUCAACCUCGACAACGAACAAUCCCUCCCAAAUCAGAUAUUACUACCGAAGCAAUGGAUCAAAGCUCAUCUCCCAAUGCGAUACUCCCAGUACUCAAAUCGAAUGGUCAAAAGGGGAACACUAGAAUGAUACCUGUUUCUUCACCUACAUUCCCUCCAUCGCCUCUGAUACUCGAAAUACCAGAAACUGACUCUCCGCCUAGACACACUCUCACUUGUGGACUCAGUUCUACCCUUCACGGCAAGACCGAUAAAGAGAAAUUACGAGAUCGUCCAAUUACCCCAAUGGAUUUCUUUGGUAUUUCCACAGAUGGACAUUCUGCUGAACGUGAUCGCAACAUCAACACUACGAUCACUCAGAAAACCGCCAGAACAUCACUCGAUCAAAGACCUGUACUAGAUUCGUCUGUCAAAGGUAUACCACAAGGAUGGGAAGAUGAUCCUUCCAUAUCAACCUCUCAAGCGCUUGAUACUAAACAACAUCAUCAGUCUUCGGAUGGGACUAGGACCGCAAUAAUGCCUCGUUCAUCAUCAGGAGUUUCGUCAAGUAAUCUCACUCCCAUGCAUAAGCUUGGACCACUCAAAGAGACCAGAAGCAAGUUGCAAUCGUUUAGUGGUACAUUAAGAUCUGGUUUAAAAGAUAGAGGAAAUGAGAAAGAUAAGGAGGAGAACCAAAAGAAACCUGGUGGAUUGAAACUCCAAAAAGAAAACGUCAGGUACAAUCCAAGGUCUUCAUCAAUCAUCAAUCAUCCAUUGGAUCUUUCUCUUACUCCAAACAAUUUACCCACAUCACCCAGACUUACGAUUGACCAUCAGAUCACUCAGUCAAAGUACAGCGAUGCUCCCACCAAUACUGAAAACUCCCGUUCGACAGUAAUGUCAAUCCCACUUAUACCUCCAUCCGCUUCAACAGAAUCAACCGAGACGUCAACGGCAGAAUUUGCGCAUCUGUUCACACCCACAUCCCAAUUCGGACAUGAUUAUCCAGCAUCAGUCACAUCAUCUCAUUCCGCUCAGUCUGGGAUGAAGACUUUCAAGCAACUCAGUAUAGAAGAAGUAUUGCCUUUUGCUGCUGGACAUCCUUUCGCAGCUUGGUCAGCACCCGUUGCGGAAGAAGAGCAGGUUACAGGAGAAACCAAGAAUUUAGAUCUAGGAAGGAGGGCAAGUAUAUCCUUGAGUAGGCUGGAUAUGCUAUCACCUAAUGACACAUCUGAAACUCCGAGUACCGUUUCGCUUGAAGGUUGGAGAGAAACGCCUAGACCUCGAUCGGGAUUGCCGGGCAAGAGAAUUUGGGUGGAUGCGAAAGGUGAUGGAGUGGGAGGUAUUUAUAGCGUAGGCUGGGAGAGGGAGGUGAUGGAUCUAGAAGCGAGGUUACAUGAAACGAUGUACGAUAUUGCUGGUGAAAGGCAUUCGUUCACCGAAUUCGACGAACCUCCUAAGGCUAUUUUAGAUCUCGGUACUGGGGCCGGCUUUUGGCCGAUCUCCAUGGCUCUCCAAUAUCCAACUACCACAUUUGUCGGUCUCGAUUUGGCUCCUUGUCAGAUUGACCUAUCUCUUCUAGCUGACGCAGAAAGAAGAGCUAGAUCCACACGGGGAGGUGAGAUGGCUGAGAAAAUGGGAAUAUGGGAGAGUGUAGACAAGCGAAUUACAUGGCAAAAGGGUGAUUUCCUACACGAGCUUCCUUUUGAUACAGGAGUCUUCGAUCUCGUUCAUAUCAGAUUUGUUAAUCUCGGAAUACCAGAAACCAAAUGGUAUGAUAUAUUUGAAGAAGCUACACGAGUACUGAAACGAGGAGGUAAAAUUGAGAUUGUUGAAAUGUCAUACACACUUCCUUCUAUGUCACCUGCCUCAUUGAGAAACUCAUUCGCAUCGACACUAUUGGCAAAUAUGAUCCAGCCACUUCCAUCAUUAGCUAUACAAUUCAACUUGCCUUCAGUCGAAUCGCUGAAACCUGAAGGAUUCAAGCCUAUUUUCGAGCAGAAAUGGGUCAAGGACGUUCCUGGAGCAUUGGAAGAUGCGGUUUUGACUUGGGUCAAGUCAGCUAUGGAGUACAGAGGCACUGGAUUAGCGAGGAAGAACAAAGAAACAGAAGGUAUCAUUGCUAGAAUUAAAGAACAAUUGGGUGCGAACGGUGGAGGUAAAUGGAAUUUCGCAGGAACAGAUAUGGGUAUUGAUAGUAAAAGGACAAUCUUGUCUGGUGAGGAUGGGAUAGAAGAGAAGAGAGAGGUAAUCGUUUCGGUCUGGGUGGUUACCAAGAAAUGA